CACCUGAACCGGCCUUCCCAAAUUGGAAACGGGAGGCUUUGCUCCCCGCGGGAAAGAGAGGGAGCCUCCGACGAGCAGCAGCCUCUCUCGGGCGGAGGAGGAGGAGGAGCUCGUCCACACCCCCGAGCAAGCCUCUCCUCGCCCCGCCGGGGACGACGAUGGUAAGGUGGUCGCCGCCGCCGCCGCGGGACGUCGAGCAUUUCCCCUCUCUGGGCGGCCACGACCCCGUCUCGCUGUCCCUGUUCGUGGCGUGCGUCGCGGCCACCGUGGCGAUCGCCUCCACCAUGUGCUCGGCGUGCGGCCGCAAGCCCAAGGCGGUCAGCCAGGAGCCCGACGCUGCCGGGGACGCGAAUGCCUCCGAUGCCUCCGGGAGCCAGCAGGGCGGCGCUGGGGGGAAGGAGGAGGAGGAGGUGGUGACGCUGCCGCCGGACCUGGGCACGCACGGGCCGAUCGAGGCGGCGCCGCUGCCCAAGUCGGCGUCGCGGCGGAAGCUGUCCGUGUCCAUGUCCAUGGGCGUGGGCAAGAGCAUGUCCAUGGGCGUGGGCAAGAGCAUCGCCAACAUCCCGGACAAGAUAAAGCAGAGCAAGCGGGAGCUGCGCGGCAAGGAAAAGGACGACCCCGAGGACACGCUGUGGAAGAAGUCCAUCAUCCUCGGCGAGAAGUGCAAGAUCCCCGGCGAGAGGGACGCCGAGGCCUCCGACCCCGACGCGGCCGCCGACGCCGCGGACGAGAUGACCGCCGGCGCCUUCCGCCGCUCCAGCUACUCCCGGCCCGUGUCCCGGUCCAACUCUUUCUCCGUCCACCAGCCCCUACCCGAGCCUCCCGCCAUGCAAUCAUACUCUAAAUCUUGAGCAAGGAAGCUACAUAUGCAGUACAUACAUACGUCGUGUGUAGGAGGAAGAAGCUGUCUGCUAUGCAUGCUAGUGGUGAUGAAGGGCUGCAUCCGUUGUGUGGUGUGGUGUGGUGUUGUGCGCGUACAUGCAUUUCAUCUUCUUCUUGUUUGGCGAAUUUCGAGAUUAAUGCAUGGCUGAUCGGUUGAUCUUUCGAACAGGUGAGGGGGGUGCAUGCGGUUAGUGUUGGUGACAAUUACAUUACAUAUAUUUUCUGACUGCAAAUGUUGAUCAUCGUAAUAAACACAAUAAGGGGUUUGCUUCAAUUUUACAUAGCUCUUGAUGCUUCCACGUGUUAUGUUAUGCUCCAAAUUUAAGUAUAAGGAUAAAGGCUAACUUUUGAUGGACGAGUGGAGCGAGGCCUGUCGCGUGUAGACUUGGGCCGAAAAGUAUUGAACUCAAUCACAUGUGUUAUAUAUACUCUUUUAAUUUCUCGUAAAGGAUAAGUCGAUCAGUUGUAAAUCUUCGAUGUUUGUAACCUCUUUCAAUAUAGUGAAUUCGAUGUUUGUAACCUCUUUCAAUAUAGUGAAUUCAAAUGGCUA